AUGACGACCGGAGGAUCUCAUCCUGACGCCAAAUGGGCUUUGGAAUUUGAAGCUAAGCACGAGACAAGGAUGGAUAAACUCGAAAAAACUAUGGCAUCGUUGGUCACGAUAGUGCAAGAAUUGAAGGAUCGUUUAGAAGUAGAUUCCAGCUCAAGCAUACUAAUCAAAAGGGGAAAAAAUCAGCAGUCUCGACAACAACAAUAUGACCAAGGUGCAAACUCAAAUGAAGAUCGAGAGCACAACUAUCCACGUAUGAAGGUGGAAUUUCCUCGCUGGGAGAACAAUGAUCCGAUUGGAUGGAUUUCAAGGGCUGAAAAAUAUUUUCGCUUCCACAGCACAUCAGACAAUGCAAAGGUAGAACUAGCAUCUAUAAACCUCGAAGGCGAUGCCAUCCAAUGGUAUGACUGGCUUGAAGCAUGCCAUGGACCUCCAAAAUGGGAGGAAUUCAAAGAAGAACUCAUCAAUCGAUUUGGUCCCUCCGGUUAUGAGAAUGUUGAUGGAGAAUUGGCCAAAAUUCAACAGACUUCAACCGUACUAGAGUACCAAGGACGAUUCGAGAGACUCUCUAAUCGAACUCGUGAUUGGUCAGAAAAGCAACUAUUGGGCACUUUUAUUGAAGGACUUCGCCUUGAUAUACGACAAGAAGUAAAAAUGAAUCAACCCCGCACUAUGAAGGCUGCCUUAUCCUUUGCACGACUACAAGAAGAGAAGAUCAAUGAAGAAGGAAGAAGAAAUAACAAGGUAAUUCUUGAAAACCCAUCACAUUAUUCAACACCUCGUAGAUUGACAAAAGAAGAGAUCAAGGAAAGGAUGGCAAAGGGAUUAUGCUGGCAUUGCGAUGAAAAGUGGCACCGUGGUCAUCAAUGCAAGCAAAAAAGGAUACUGAUGAUUGAACCAAUAGAGAACUCUGAGGAAGAAGAUGAUUUCGAUGAAGGUGAAACACAAGAUAAUAUCAACGAAGUACAAUAUGAUUCUAUGGCAAUAUCAGUUCAUGCCUUAGAAGGACUACAAACUCCACAAACGAUGAAGGUAAAAGGAUUCAUUAAAAAACAACCAGUAAUGAUACUUAUAGAUUCAGGAAGCACCAACAAUUUUCUAGACUCAACCUUGGCAAGCAGGCUUAAACAAAAAAUAGAGCAAGCAUCUACAUUUGAUGUUAAGGUGGCGGAUGGAAGAUCACUUACAAGUCCAGGAAAUUGCAAUAGUAUUAAAAUUCUCUUACCCAAUUAUGAAUUAAUAACAGAUCUCUUUCUUCCUCCCCUAGAUGGAUGUGAUGUUGUACUUGGAGCACAAUGGUUGAAAACAUUAGGAGAUAUAAUAUGGAAUUUCUCUCAACUAACAAUGCGCUUCCAAGAUCAAGGAAAAGAAGUUUGCAUCAGAGGCAAGAAACAAGAUACUAUCACACCAAUCAGUAGUUAUCAGGCAGAGCAGUUAUUAAAGAAAGAUUGCUAUAUUUUUCUCAUGCAACUUUCUAUCAAAAAAGAUCCUAAAGCAAAUGUUAGGUCUUAUCGCUACCCUUACAUACAGGAGGAAAUUGAGAAGAUUGUACAAGUGAUGCUUCAGGUUGGUAUUGUUCGCCCAAGUAUAAUUCCAUAUUCUUCUCUAGUACUGCUUGUACAAAAGAAAGACAAAAAAUGGCGAAUAUGUAUAGAUUACCCGACACUCAAUAAAAUUAUAAUGAAAGACAAGUACCCCAUCCUCAUCAUUGAUGAACUACUUGAUGAAUUAGGAGGUUCCUCAUUAUUCUCAAAGUUGAAUCUUCGCUCAGGCUUCCAUCAGAUAAGAAUCCAUCAGCCAAACAUUCCAAAAACAACCUUUCAAACUCAUGAUGGUCAUUAUGAAUUUUUAGUCAUGCCUUUCGGUUUAAUUAAUGCACCUUCUACAUUCCAAAGUUUGCUGAAUGAUAUCUUCAGGUUUUACCUCCGUCAGUUUGUUUUGAAUUUCUUUGAUGACAACCUUGUUUAUAGUUCAUCAUUUGAAGAUCAUUUGCAUCACCUUUAUAAAGUACUAACUCUUUUGUGUGAGCAUUCUCUUUAUGUGAAAAGAGUUAAAUGCAGUUUUUGGACAACUAAUGUGGAAUACCUUGGUCAUAUUGUAAGCCAAAACAGAGUAGCUACUGAUCCCUCAAAGGUGCUAGUUUCAAAGAGUAUUAAGGCAUUACGUGAUGUUCUGGAUCUCACAGAUGCAUUUAGAUGGUGUCUUGAAGCAAAAAAGAUAUUCCAGAAUUUAAAGGAGGCUAUGAUGACAACACUAGUUCUUGCACUACCUAAUAAGCAAUUUGUUAUUGAACCUGAUGCAUUCGAAGUUAGAAUCGGAGCAAUACUUAUGAAUUAUAUGAUACCAUUCAAGAAAAUGUUUCAGAGGCGGUGGAAUGAUAAGAUCCUUUAA